AUGAUCCCCGAGUUGUACGGAGGGCAUUAUUCGAAGUUUUGGAAGCUAAAAGCUCUGGCAUAUCACACCGUCCGAUUUGACGAUUUUGGUGGCAUUGUCAGUUUCAAACUUAAUUUAACAACGAGUAAUGCAUUUAUACCUGUACCUAAGAGCCGUAGCGGACAUCAACAUUUGACCGAGCGAGCUGUACGAUACGCGCACCAAUAUAGAUCAAAGGGUAGCAAGAACCACAUUCGUAUUUUUUGUCGCGGCAACUUUUGUGUUGGAACAUGUCCAUAA